CAACACAGAGUAUGAGCUCGAGAUCAAGACCCAGCUCGACAGCGGGCUGAUUAGCGAGAGUGCCAAAUUUUCCUUCAGAACUCCGCAAGUAGACUACAACCCGAUCGACAAAGUCGACAUCCUGUCCUCGCAUGACGUCAACAGCAUCCAGAUUCAGUGGCUGUUGAAAAGUGAAAUCGACAAGUCUCAAGUUGUCGGCUACGAUGUGUACCUGAAUGAGGAUCAGGACGCUCCAACGCACACCUGGCGUCGGCUGUACGUCGAGAAUGUUGAAGGGAACCUGGCUAUUCCAGGACUACAAUCUACAACGAGCUACUACGUGAAAAUCGACGUUAGGAUGAGGGACGGAAGGGUUGUAAAAUCACCUACCACUUACAAAUUCACGACCGUCGAUUGGCGACACUUGUCACACCGACCCUACCCACGCACGAACCCGUUCUUGCAC